AUGCCCCCCACUGAUGCCAAAACAAAGCUCCGCCCGCAACAAUCCUGUCUAAAAUGUCGCGAGCGCAAAGUGAAGUGCGACCGCUCUAUCCCCUGCCAUGCCUGCAUCGUCCGUGGGCUUGAGGCUGAAUGCACUUACCUGACUUCCCCCGAAGACCGCGCCCAUAUCAGCCAAGCGGAGAUUAUCGACCGCCUCCGCCGCGAAGUUGCCCAGCUGCGUGAUCAACUAGGCCAGGCUUCGCGACGCCCGAGCCCCGGCGCGCGCAGUGCCAGCGACCGCAGCGCGUACCGGCGCCCUGAGUACGCGGGCUCGACGGGCUCCGCGGAGCAUGGGGACGCGGUAGGAGGAGGGGGGCAGAGUUGGUCCGGAUCCUCACCGUCGUCGACGACGACGACAGUGGCCGGGUCAUUGGCGGUGACGAGCCCCGGUAGUACGGGUAGCGAGAGCGGCGCCGGGUCUGGAUGUUUGGGGCGAGGGCAGUCGCCGUAUCAAGCGUCGCUGGGGUAUCCGGUAUCUACAGCGGCGUUUGGAGGUGCACCGAUGGCGGGUCCGGGUUUGGGUGAGUCCGGGUCGGCAUUUGGGAAUUACAUGUCCGCUGGCACUUCCUUCUUCUAUCAUAUGUCGUCCUGCCUAGUACUGACGGGUUUUGUUUCAGAUCCCAUCGACAAUGCAACGGCCGCGCAACGUCCUGCAGACAGCAUCCCGGCCUUUGUGGGCCACAUGCCUGCUCCGAUCUCUAUGCACGGACUACCGCAACAGCCGCAAUUGUCGCAUCUAUACGGAGCCGGGGACGGGAUGAGCCCCGGCUAUGAUGGAAGCAUUGUGCAUCCCUACAUGCUCGAUUACGGGAAUUCAAGUCUAAACACCGAUCUGAACAUGUAUCCAAAUCUGAACCUUAACCGGGAGGACCACGCGCGCAUCGUGGCCGAUCACGACGCGGCCCAUGCUUACCAGCACCCACAUCAGCAGACGUGGGGCGCCGAUCCAGCAGUACCAAUGGGCCAGCAUUUCGCAGCGGUGCAGCAAGCGUAUCCUUACCCAGACGCAACGUAUUAUUCCACAUCUAUCGAUACGAACCAUCAUCACAACAACUUCGCCCCCGCAGAUCCGAGCAACGAUUCUUCCGGGCCAUCCUCACACACCCCACCUCUCGGUCCAAACCAAACUCACAUCCUCAACCCAAAUCAUGCUCCAUUGCAGACAGAAGCACCUUUAGCCCAGACCCUAACGGCCCAGAUUUCGAAAUCCUGGAAGGGGGCCGACAAGCGGGAUCUUCUGGAGACAAUCCUCGAAACCAUUGGCACCUGCGACGAGGAGCGCGUCGCACAGGUCGUUCAGGUCGUGCGCACGAGUCAUACACCCGAGGAAGCCGUCUCGGGCAUCUGCCACGUCCUGGGCAUCGGGAGUGGACAGCCGUCGCCCACUUGA